GACUGCUUGGAGCGCAUGCGACAAUCUUCUCCUAGCUCUCGCGAGGUUUCGUCUUCACGGAGACGUUGGAGGACCUUCCGUGUUAGCGGCGUCGCGAUGUGUGGCGACUGUGUGGAGAAGGAGUAUCCCAACCGGGGUAACACCUGCUUGGAGAAUGGAUCUUUCUUGCUGAACUUUACAGGUUGUGCAGUGUGCAGUAAACGAGAUUUUAUGCUGAUCACAAACAAAUCCUUCAAAGAGGAAGAUGGAGAAGAAAUAGUUACCUAUGAUCAUCUGUGUAAGAAUUGUCAUCAUGUAGUUGCCAGGCAUGAGUAUACAUUCAGUAUCAUGGAUGAAUUUCAGGAGUAUACCAUGCUGUGUCUGUUGUGUGGCAAAGCCGAAGAUACUAUCAGUAUUCUUCCUGAUGACCCCCGACAGAUGACUCUGUUGUUCUAAGAAGGCUCCUGCAGUUCUGUUGUAACCACGUAAAAUUGGUUUAUAAUACAGCAAACAGUUGGUUUAUAAUACGGCAGACUUAGUUUGUAGUGAAAAUUCUUUGCAUAUUUUAUCAGUUUAGAUUUAUCUAUUCUUUGAAAGAAAAAGUAAUUUAGGGAGUUGCUGCUCUCCAGAACUGAGUUCUUCUGCUCGAGUUCCCAGUUCACAUCAGUGCAACCAGAGUGAAGCAUCAUUAUUAGCAGUUAGAUGGCGAAAAAUGACUAGUAUGGGAACAGAUGUAGUGCCCAGAUUCUAGGACUGGGGCUGAAAUAUACAAGGUGAGCAUGGAGCAUAAAGUAAUGAAGUGCUCAAAAAAAAAAAAAAGUCACAAUGACUGGAGGUAUGUCAAAGAGACAGAGGAUCAGCUAAACAACUAAAGCUCCCAAUAGCAAUAGAUGGAACAAUGUAUAUAGCAAAAUAAGUAAAGUAGUGUUGGAUUGUAACCCAAAGUAUAAAUAUCCAGAGACCAUACUGAUAUAAAUAAAUGAUAGAAUAAAUAAAUAAGUGGAGAAGAGACAUCUCCUGGACAGAAAAAUUCAAAAUUUGUGUAGAAACUGUGCUAAAGGAAGUAGAGCAUAACUCCUCAACCCUUAAGUGUGGGUUGCACCUAGUAUUCCUUCCAAAGAGCAUGGAAGGGGAGUGGGGAGAGUAACUGUACAGUGGGGACCUGACAAACACUACCUCAGCCAGGUGAUCAAGAUUAAUAGCAUCAGCAGUAAGUCAUGUUGAUAGUGUGUGUGAUAUGUAUGUGUGAUACUAGUAUGUAUGAUGUGAUGACAAUGGCACUUUACCUCAGCAGUCUUCCAAAAACUCAUAGUCCCCGUCUAAUCAUGAGAAUAACACCACCCAAAUCUCAACUGAGGGACAGUCUGCAAAAUGGCCAACCAUGAAAGGGCCACAUAAACCAGAGACUCCAUCAGCCUGAGACCGGAAGAACUAGAUGGUGCCCAGCUACCACCAAUGACUACCCUGACAGGGCAUACAACAGAGGAUCCCAGAUGGAGCAGGAGAAAAGUGGGGUGCAGACCUCAAAUUCCAGUAAAAAGACCAGACUUGGUGGUCUGACGGAGACUGGAGGGACCCCAGAGGUAAUGGCCCCCGGACUCUCGAUUAGCCCCAAACUAAAACCAUUCCUGAGGCCAACUCUUCAGACAAAGAUUAGACUGGACUAUAAGACAUAAAAUGACAGUGGUGAGGAGAAUGCAUCUUAGCUCAAGUAGACACAUGAGACUGUGGGCAGCUCCCUUCUGGAGGCGAGAUGAGAAGGCAGAGGGGGACAGGAGCUGACAGAAUGGACACAGGACAUAUAGGGUGGAGAGAAGGAGUGUGCUACCACAUUGUGGGGAGAGCAGCUAGGGUCAUAUAACAAUGUGGGUAUAAGUUUUUGUAUGAGAACUGACUUAAAUUUUAAACUUUCACUUAAAGCACAAUUUAAAAAAAGGCCAACCAGCACUCUUUAAAACUGUCAAAGUUAUCAAAAACAAAGUCCAAGAAGCAGUCACAGCCAAGAGGACCCUAAGGAGACGUGACAACUAAAUGUAAUGUGGUAUCCUGAGUGAUCCUGGACCAGAAAAAGGACAUUGGGUUAAAAAAAAAGAAAAAAAUUAAGGCAAUCUCAAUAAAGUGUGUAUUUUAGUUGAUAA